AUAGUUUCAUAAGCAAUCGGCCCAAACCCAAAAAGCUCUCAACUUUAACGCUCACCAUAGACCCUCCACCAUGGCCACCAUCGCCGCCAGGUCGGUUCUCCGCUCCGCCACCUCCUCCGCCCGAACCGCCGCUGUCAGACUGACCGCCGGAGCUAAAACCAAGGCUCCAUGUUCUCCUUUUCGUAUCCCCACUCAGAAACCCCUCUCUACUCGCAUUUUCAGAUCGCCUGUUGAGAUGAGCUCGUUUUGUGUGGAAUCAAUGCUUCCAUAUCACACUGUAACUGCCUCAGCAUUGCUCACUUCGAUGCUUUCCGUUGCUCCUCGAAGCCAUGCUUGGACUCUUGAAGAUUGCAACGAUGAUGUAUGAUGAAUGUUGGAUGGUUCGGGCGUAGUUUGCAUAUAUGCAUUCUAGGAGAAUGCCUGAUAAAUAGAGUAAUGAAUGAGCUCCAGAAAAGCCAGACUGCUUUUCUCUUCCGUUGAUUUUCCUUUCUUCCUAUUCUCUUGCUUCAGCCUUGGAAAACCAGCAGAUUCCAAGAUGGUUUCAGUUAUACAAGUUUGAUCUGCCAAACUCUGGCAUUUUCCUUGUUCCUCAACUAGCCAUGGAAGAUUGUAACAAGGCUGAUUCCUUCAUUGCAUGAGCUACGCAUGAAUAAUAUGGCAUUAAUUUAUGCCAUUUUGUAAAACUAUAGGAAACCUUUUAUCCCCAGACUUUCAGUUAAAAAUUGGUUAAUCCAGGGGAAGCAGGUCUUUGGGGAGGAGGUUGAAUUUAGUUAGCUUAUUUGGUUUGUUGGAAGAUGAUUACUGCACAUUCACCUCAGCUGUCCCCUAAAUGAAGGGAUUUGUUUUUUUAGUUACAUUAUUUUGCUUUAAUGAACCGCUGUCUAGCAUUGUGUUUUCAGUUUAUUGAUUUCAGCAAUUAUCUCACAUAUACUCUUUUGAUUUGUUUAGGAUUGUGAUUACUGCUCAUUGCGUUUCAGCUUCAAGAUUUGCGAUCUUGCCUCCAUUUUUGUCUUCUUUGAACGUUUAUGUUACAAAUUUCAUCACACAAUCAGUUAGUAACUGUGACUACGUAAAAGUAUGGUCCCAUUUUGUUUGAAUCAUAUAUAUCUCUUAGUUGUGGCCUUUGGGUAAAUUAGUUACUCGUUUUAAUAUCCUGCACAAGUAUGUCUUUUGUUCUUUUCUGUAGAUGGAUGAUUGUUAGUAUGUUGAGAUGCAGUGAAUUUGAUCGUAGUUACUUGGAUUUCAAUGGACAUUGUAUCGCUACUACUCGAGGUUUCAUUCUGCUUGAUUGAAUGUGUUAUCCCAGAGGGUAUU